CAGCACCAAGUUGUUAUGACCAUACCACAGGGCCAGCUGUUUGACCUCCCAUCUGUAUGCAGACUCAUCUCUGUCGUGAAUGAGGCCGAUGACUCAAACAUAAACAUGCGACUGGAUGUCAGUUUGCGAGUGUGGAAUGCCAAAGGAACAGGGGCAUUUAGGGGAGCGGGUUGCCCGCAGCACUUCAAAGAAGGCCAAAGAUAAGAGUAACAGUGCUACUCUGCGGGCGUCCCAGGAUGGCUGUCUCAGGGGCCCAUGUGGGAUGGGGGCCAUCAACCACAGGAUGUCACGCUGCGAGUCUGAGAGAGAUUCAGAGAAAGACUCAGGAUACUCAGAGGCCGGCUCAGACUGGGUGCACACAGAUCAAGAAGACCAGAGCAGCAGUGUGAGCGAACCUCAUAGGGACAGCAGCAAAAACUGUAACCAAAGUCUCCAAACUGCUGGCCAUAACCUGCCUGCUUAUGAGGAGCUCACCCCUGUCUAUGUCAUCAAAAACCUGGUGGUGAAGCCGUCCAGAACGGAGCAGCUUCUGCAAAGCCCCUUGACGUGGGACGGAGGUUGGCACAGCCUUACUGGUGCCAAGGCACCCACCCAGCUCUUAUUUGUCCAACAGCCAGCAAUACCUGCCCCUGCCACUUCUUCUUCCACCCUUGCUGGUUCUUCCAGUCAAGCUAAGCCACAAGGCCAACCUAAUAAAGGAAGCAGUCGAAGCAACAAGAACCACAGCAGCAAGAGCUCUUACCUCCCCAUCCUCAACUCCUACCCCCGCAUUGCCCCCCACCCCAGGAAAGAGAGUCAUGAGCAGGUUAAGCUUGCUGCCGGGGCAGGGGAGGUUAAGGAAAGCAGCAGUGAGGGCCAGAGCCAGAGCAAGAGGGUAUGCACUGAAGAUGAGAAGAGGGAAACCGUGUCCACGACCAGCCAUCUGCUCAAACCCCAACACCACAGCCCAAAAGAGGGGAGGACUCAUUGUCAGUAUAAAGUCAAAAGUAGUCACAGCACCUUCCCCAACCUGCCUCACAGCUCUAUGCCCAGCCAUGCCUCCUCCAACACCCACCCUACAUCCCAUGACAACCGUCAGAGGACCCACUCUGAUUGCAUGGGCUCGCCCUGCAUUUCCAGCUCCCAGAUGCCCUCCCCACCAUCCUCUUCCGACUCCCUCCUGUCAUCCUCACCUUCCUCCUCCUCCUCCUCCUCCUCGUCUUCCUCCUCAGUUGCACAUAGCCCCUAUGCCCCCACUGCUAAGCCAGUCAGGGGUAGCCUUUCAGACUCCCAGUCAGAAUGUUCAUCUGUACGCCAGCGCCGUUUCCUCAACACAGCGGAGAUCCUCAGUCAGUCAGGCCUGCUGGCCAUCACGUUGCGUACCAAGGAGCUGCUUAGGCAGAAUGCUGCCACUGAUAAGGAAAUCACUCAGUUACGUCAACACACCAAUCUUUUGUGCCAGGCUGCCCAAGCCAGCCAGCAGUGUUCCAAUGACGGCGCCAAUAGCCUUGACAAACUCCUCCAGGCCAUGACCCAGUCUGGCUCCUACCCAGACCUGGACUUGAACCAGCUGAAAGCCCUCAGUAACAGUCACCAUCAGGGCAAGAAGAGAAAUGAGAAAGCGAGAGAGAGCAGUGGAAAAAACAAUAAGGCCCAUUACAACCCAUCUCGAAACCUUGUGGCGCUGCAUAAUGUAGAUGAUGGAACAUCGCUGCCCUCACCUCUGUUUGCCCCCUCACCAGAGGCAGAGACAACAAGGCAUGAUGAUAACCUAUCUAGCCUCCUCUCCACCUCCCAGGCUUCUUGUCUUCCCAAUCCUACUCUACAUAAUAGACAUAGACAAUCAGGCAUGGAUAAAGUCCUAGUUGAUCUCACUAUGUCGCCAGAGAGCUCUACUCUCAAGAAUUUUCUAUUCUAGCUCUUGUUUGAAUGGCGUUGGAAUGAAAUGACUUCUACGGUAUUAAGUGGGCCUUGCAGAAAUAAGAGGCAUGGACUUUUUUUUUUAAUUAUGCACAGUUACUUUGAAAUUGAAUUUGAUUGAUUGGUUUGAUUGCUAGAUUGGUCAAAACCAUUGUUGCUUUACUUUUUUUUCUAUCGCUGUUAAUUUACAGUUGACUGACCAAUGUAUAAAGUUUUUGUAAGAGAUUUUUAGAAUUGCCAACAAAUCGAUUUCUCCAUAUUUUCCCUCUGUGAAUAAUGAUAACAAAUGGCCAGCCACACAGUUAGAGAAGAAAUUCAGUAUAUAACAAAGCAAAUAUCUUUAGCUUCUUAACUGAAACACUGAGUGAUAUAGUGAUGUAGGACAGAAGGUAGUCAGUGGAUUAUAAAAGUAUUUACAGAGUUUAAAGAAGUUAACAAGCAGUGUAGUUUUCACUUAUCAAGUUAGUUUUUAUGCGGAUUCCCACUUACAUAGGUUGCAAGCUGUGCUUCUUCUUGUGCUAUACUGUUAACCAUUGAUGGAAAAGAUUCAGCUGAGAGAUUAACAAGCUUACAAUAUGUAGAGUAGGAUAUCGGUUGCAUGCUAUCAUUAGCAAACAUUAUUUGCCUCUCACCUAGUAGAUGAUAACAGAUUUAGUCGAAGGGAACAUUGUCGACGGGGACAGUGAUCCCCUGAUAAGGGAGUAUCUCUAAAUUAGCUCAUCUGCACAUAAUUAGCAGCACUCCAAAAAUGUCUUGUGGCCAUGCAGGCUGAUACAGGAUCUACAUACUAAUGUUGCACACGCUUGUUACACUUCAGUGAAUACUGGAUAAAACUGCUUCAUACAAUGGAUUUCUUUUGGAAGGAUCUACUUGGUAGUGCAGUAUUUAGUUGUAUUUGAAUAUGUGGUGUGACUACGUGGACAUUUGUGAUAGUGAGUGUGCAUAGAUUUGUGUAAAUAUGCUGGCAUCAACAGGCUCAUUAGCCUCUAGGACAUGAGCUUUUUUAUUUAAAAUGUGCAUACCAGCACAGUGCAGGGAAGUGAUUUAGAUUGAUUGUAGGUGUGGAGCACGGAUUGUUACUUCAGAUUUAUAUAUAAUGAAAGCAGAACUGAUAUUCAAACAAUAAAAUCACUUG